UUAUGGUGGCGCACGGCUUUGCAGCUGUGGCUAUGCGAAACAAUUUUGACUUAAAAUAGUCUGUAAAUGAUGAUAAAAUUGUGCAUUUGAGCAACGUAUAUUGCUGCUAUAUAGUUUUUGUUGUGUUGUCACGCUCUAUUAGAUGCUCCAAGUUUCUGUCCGGGUUAAAUAACUGAGCCGUUGUUGCUGAAGUGCUAGCAUGUGAGCUAGCUCUCCUGCUUCAGUGAGUUUCUCUUCAGGUUGGAUGAAUGUGAAAUAAAUAACUUAAUGUUGGGCUUUCUGACAGCGCGACAGGUUGGUUUGGACGACCCGCUGCGCCUCAGACGAGCAGAAUCAACAAGAAGAGUCCUCAGUCUGAAGCUGAAUCCUGACAGAGAUGUGGAGAGAAUCCAUGGAAAUGGCGUGAAUACCAUUGACAUCGAAACAAUCGAGGGCAGAUAUAUGCUGUCUGGCAGUGCAGAUGGAGUGAUUGUCAUUUAUGACUUGGACAACUACAGUGGAAAAUCACAAUACACUUGCAAGGCAAUAUGCACAGUAGGCAGGUCUAACCCUUAUGUCCACAAAUUUAGUGUUGAGACAGUUCAGUGGUAUCCCUACGACACAGGCAUGUUUGUUUCCAGUUCCUUUGACAAGACGAUGAAAGUGUGGGACACUGAGACGUUGAAGCCUGCUGAAGUCUUUGAGUUUGAAGGUAACGUCUACAGCCACCACCUGUCCCCCAUCGCCAGGAAGCACAGUCUCAUUGCAGUUGGCACCAAAAACCCCAAAAUACAGCUGUGUGAUCUGAAGUCUGGCUCAUGCAUUCAAAUUCUUCAGGGUCACAGAGCAGAGGUUCUGUCUGUGUGCUGGUCUCCCAGGUACGAGCACAUCUUGGCCACUGCCAGUGCAGACAGUAAGGUGAAAGUGUGGGAUGUGCGUCGGGCUUGUGGCAGUCUGUUCACACUGGACCAGCACAAUGGAGACAAAUCAAAAGCCUCCUCUGAGGCAGUGAACACAGCCCAUAAUGGAAGAGUAAACGGGCUGUGUUUUACUGGCGAUGGCCUCUACCUCCUCACUACUGGAACUGAUGACCGUAUGAGGCUAUGGAACAGUGCUACUGGAGAAAACACUCUGGUAAAUUAUGGGAAGGUGUGCAAUGAAAGUCGUAAAAGUCUUCAGUUCACAACGUCACGUGGCUGCAGCCCGGAGUUUGUGUUUGUGCCAAGUGGCAGCUCGGUGGCUGUUUACGGUCUCCACACAGGAGAGCUGGUCACGAUGCUCAGAGGUCACUACAACAACGUGGACUGCUGUGAGUUCCACCCAGACUACCAGGAGCUAUAUACGGGAGGUAAAGACUGUAACAUCCUGGCUUGGAUUCCUGUUGUGCGUGACGCACAUGAGGAAGAAGACACCACUGAUUUGAAAAAGGGUGCUACUGGCCAGUCUGUCAACACUGUGUUUCAGGAUACAUGGAGCAGUGAUGAAGAUUAAUGCCAGUGCUUUGCAUAUCUGGACAAACCACAGAUACAAAUGCAAAUGACGAUGCAUCGUUAACUUGUCAAACACCCCGUGUUCCUGGACAUCCAUGAAGAUGGAUGAGGAUU